ACCUUCUCUUUCCAAAUCUAUCUCCGUGUUUUUCUAGGGUUUACCUCAAUCGAUUUCAGAUCAUGCACGGCCUUAGCCGUCUUGGUAACGGCAAUAGCAACGGUCGAAUCAAUCUUUCGUCACCGUCACCGCCUUCUUCGCCUCGGAUUCGUCACAGUAGAGGAAAAUCACUCGCCGGAGGUGUUUAUAAGCAGGGAUUAGGAGAGAGACUUGUGUUUUUACUCUUUUCGAUAGUUUUUAGGAGGAAAGGUGUCUUGUUGUUAGCGCCGCUUCUCUAUAUAGCUGGAAUGUUACUGUUUAUGGGAUCUUUUGGAUUUACUGUGUUGGAUCUAGGUCAUGGUGUUGAGAUUGUUUAUAGACGUGGUCCUCCUGGUUCGGUGUAUCGGAGUCCUAAGGUUUUUAAACGGCUUUGGCCUUUGAUGGAGGCUGAUGUUAAUGGAACUAGUCAUAAUGUGUUGAUGGAAGCAUGGAAGCCAAGAGUUAAAAGUAUAUGGAAACCGUGUAUUAGUACUAAUGUUUCUGCUGCGGGAUCGAAUCCGAAUGGUUAUUUUAUUAUUGAAGCGAAUGGCGGAUUGAAUCAACAACGCUUGUCAAUAUGUGAUGCAGUUGCUGUGGCUGGACUGCUGAAUGCUACUCUUGUCAUUCCGAUUUUUCACUUGAACAGUGUAUGGCGUGAUUCCAGCAAAUUUGGCGAUAUAUUUGACGAAGACUUCUUCAUAUAUGCUCUUAGUAAGAAUGUGAAUGUAGUGAAAGAGCUCCCAAAAGAUAUACUUGAGCGGUACAACUACAAUAUAAGCAGUAUUGUUAAUUUGAGAUUAAAAGCUUGGUCGAGUCCAGCAUACUAUCUCCAGAAGGUGCUCCCACAACUUUUGCGUUUGGGGGCUGUCCGUGUUGCACCAUUCUCCAACAGGUUAGCUCAUGCAGUUCCUGCACACAUUCAAGGACUCAGAUGCUUAGCAAACUUUGAAGCAUUGAGAUUUGCAGAGCCCAUACGGCUACUUGCAGAGAAAAUGGUCAAUAGGAUGGUUACGAAGAGUGUUCAGAGCGGAGGAAAAUAUGUGUCUGUUCAUCUCCGCUUUGAAAUGGACAUGGUUGCCUUCUCGUGUUGCGAAUAUGACUUUGGGAAGGCGGAGAAGCUAGAAAUGGACAUGGCCCGGGAAAGAGGGUGGAAAGGAAAGUUCAGGAGGAGAGGCAGAGUAAUUAGGCCUGGUGCAAACCGCAUAGAUGGAAAAUGCCCUUUAACCCCACUGGAGGUCGGAAUGAUGCUUAGGGGCAUGGGUUUUAACAAUAGCACCUUGGUUUACGUUGCUGCGGGAAACAUUUACAAAGCUGACAAAUAUAUGGCUCCUCUUAGGCAGAUGUUUCCUCUUCUCCAAACCAAGAACACUCUAGCUACUCCAGAGGAGCUUGCUCCGUUCAAGGGACACUCAUCAAGAUUGGCUGCACUGGAUUACACAGUAUGUCUCCACAGUGAAGUGUUUGUAUCCACUCAAGGUGGAAACUUCCCUCAUUUCUUGAUAGGUCAUCGUCGUUACCUUUACAAAGGCCACGCGGAGACAAUCAAACCCGAUAAGCGGAAACUAGUCCAGCUCUUAGAUAAACCAAGCAUUAGAUGGGACUACUUCAAGAAACAAAUGCAAGAUAUGCUUAGACACAAUGAUGCAAAGGGAGUCGAAUUAAGGAAACCCGCUGCAUCACUCUACACGUUCCCCAUGCCCGAUUGCAUGUGUAAAGAACCUGAUCCCGAACCUCAAACCGAUCCAGCUUAAACCGGAUUCCUGCUGUUCAGUGUUAUAACUGUUUAUGACUCCAACCAUACAUGUAACUUAUAUAUAUGUUGUAUCAUGAUCCAUGUAUAAGCAUUUUUUGCCCCUCAAAAGUUCGGGGAAUCUAAGAGUAGUAUUUUGUUUAUCGAUACAAAUUUUUGUGUGUACAUAACAUUCUUUCAACGUUAAUUACCAGUCUCCCUUCUGUUCUAUUGUAUGCACAUUUUGAUCUCUAAUUGAUACUCUAUGUAAUGGCUUCUGGACAAUUGUUUCAUUCUAAUCUGUGUUUUCGUUUUUUCAGAACUUACUAACUUCAUAUAAGAUGCAAAUAAUCUAUGUUUUACAUA